GCCGACUGUGACCGGAUGUCUCCGCUGCUAGUGACAGUAAGGUUACUUCAGCUGCUUGGUAGCCCACAUGACUGGUUUGCAGCAGUGUAGCUUUUAAGAUAAGCCUAAUUUUAACGUUGAUAUCUGGGGAAAAAUUUUUUUCUUCCGAGAAAUUUAUACCUAAAAGUAGAGGGUGUGUUUAUUGCGAAUUCAGUGAGAAAGUGGCCCUCACGAACUUCCAGAGAAAUGCAUCUCACACUUCGAGCUUUGAUAUCUCAUGGACGGAUGGCCCGUCGAAUGGGUCUUGGCCCCGAGUCCCGAAUUAAUAUGCUUCGGAACAUCCUCACGGGUUUGGUUCGACACGAGAGGAUAGAGACCACCCGAGCUCGAGCUGACGAGGUUCGAUUCUACGCGGAAAAGUUGAUUGACUAUGCCAAAAAAGGAGACACUAAUGAAAAGUCGAUGAAAAUGGCUGAUUUUUGGCUCACGGAGAAAGACUUGAUUCCAAAGCUUUUCAAAGUUCUCGCUCCAAGGUUUGAAAACCAGUCAAGUGGAUAUACACGGAUGGCCCGUCUACCAAACAGAGAAAAUCUGGACCGUGCUGCUAUGGCUGUUAUUGAGUAUAAAGGCAACCCUUUCCCACCUCUGUUUCCUGUUAAGAAGAAAAAUGAACUGAACUUGGUUAACCAACUUCUAAAAGGCUACAGAGAAGAGAAAGCCCAGCUGACCGCUGAAAAUAAUUCAUAGUAGGUUCACUUGUACAUCAUUAUUUAUGUUUGUAAAAAAAAAAAAGUUUACACAAAAUUGUUAAUAAACUAAAUAAACCUCUUAUGUGUAUCUCUU